UAACCAAAACCAGACCUGCCUAGCCCUUAGAGUCCAGCCGGUUAGGUCGAGUAAAAUGCGUUGGGCUCCCUCAGUAUCAGAACUUGUGUGGGGAACUCUUUGCUUUUGGCCUAACCAAAACCAGACCUGCCUAGCCCUUAGAGUCCAGCCGGUUAGGUCGAGUAAAAUGCGUUGGGCUCCCUCAGUAUCAGAACUUGUGUGGGGAACACUUCGCUUUUGGCCUAGCCAAAACCAGACCUGCCUAGCCCUUAGAGUCCAGCCGGUUAGGUCGAGUAAAAUGCGUUGGGCUCCCUCAGUAUCAGAACUUGUGUGGGGAACUCUUUGCUUUUGGCCUAACCAAAACCAGACCUGCCUAGCCCUUAGAGUCCAGCCGGUUAGGUCGAGUAGAAUGCGUUGGGCUCCUUCAGUAUCAGAACUUGUGUGGGGAACUCUUCGCUUUUGGCCUAUCCAAAACCAGACCUGCCUAGCCCUUAAAGUCCAGCCGGUUAGGUCGAGUAAAAUGCGUUGGGCUCCCUCAGUAUCAGAACUUGUGUGGGGAACUCUUUGCUUUUGGCCUAACCAAAACCAGACCUGCCUAGCCCUUAGAGUCCAGCCGGUUAGGUCGAGUAAAAUGCGUUGGGCUCCCUCAGUAUCAGAACUUGUGUGGGGAACACUUCGCUUUUGGCCUAACCAAAACCAGACCUGCCUAGCCCUUAGAGUCCAGCCGGUUAGGUCGAGUAAAAUGCGUUGGGCUCCCUCAGUAUCAGAACUUGUGUGGGGAACACUUCGCUUUUGGCCUAACCAAAACCAGAUCUGCCUAGCCCUUAGAGUCCAGCCGGUUAGGUCGAGUAAAAUGCGUUGGGCUCCCUCAGUAUCAGAACUUGUGUGGGGAACACUUCGCUUUUGGCCUAACCAAAACCAGACCUGCCUAGCCCUUAGAGUCCAGCCGGUUAGGUCGAGUAAAAUGCGUUGGGCUCCCUCAGUAUCAGAACUUGUGUGGGGAACUCUUUGCUUUUGGCCUAACCAAAACCAUACCUGCCUAGCCCUUAGACUCCAGCCGGUUAGGUCGAGUAGAAUGCGUUGGGCUCCCUCAGUAUCAGAACUUGUGUGGGGAACUCUUCGCUUUUGGCCUAACCAAAACCAGACCUGCCUAGCCUUUAAAGUCCAGCCGGUUAGGUCGAGUAAAAUGCGUUGGGCUCCCUCAGUAUCAGAACUUGUGUGGGGAACUCUUUGCUUUUGGCCUAACAGAAACCAGACCUGCCUAGCCCUUAGAGUCCAGCCGGUUAGGUCGAGUAAAAUGCGUUGGGCUCCCUCAGUAUCAGAACUUGUGUGGGGAACUCUUUGCUUUUGGCCUAACCAAAACCAGACCUGCCUAGCCCUUAGAGUCUAGCCGGUUAGGUCGAGUAAAAUGCGUUGUGCUCCCUCAGUAUCAGAACUUGUGUGGGGAACUCUUUGCUUUUGGCCUAACCAAAACCAAACCUGCCUAGCCCUUAGAGUCCAGCCGGUUAGGUCGAGUAAAAUGCGUUGGGCUCCCUCAGUAUCAGAACUUGUGUGGGGAACACUUCGCUUUUGGCCUAACCAAAACCAGACCUGCCUAGCCCUUAGAGUCCAGCUGGUUAGGUCAAGUAGAAUGCAUGCAAUUCUUGUGGAAUGUUCUUAAAAAAAAUUAAAGUUUGUUGAGUUUGAGAUUGAAUAUGGAAAUAAUUGUCUUUUUUAACUUAAAAUUUUGAUGAAAUUGCAUUUCUUUUUUAUUUGAGUCAGAUUCUUCUUUUGUAUCUUGGAAUUUUUUUUAAUUCAUGUUUCUUUAAUGUUGAAUGGGUGUGAAACAAUGUUAGGGUCUGAAAUCUUGGUGGAAUGUUGGGAUGAUGAUUUAGGAAUUAAUUCCUCUUUCUUAGAAGGAUCUGAAUCUAUAUAAAGAUCUUCUUCUCUGUUUCCUUUCCUUUGUGGUAUC